CCUAAUCUCCAUUCAAAGAAGGAAUAGUAAACGACUGCUGCACGCUCUAUUAAUUAAUUAAUUCAGCGCUGCUGUCUGACAGAAACUUCCUCCAAUUGUGUUCCAAAAUAUCUCAUUUAAUCCGGUUUCCUUCUCCAUUUUCAUCAUUUGUCUUCCGGUUCAUGAUUCAACUCUCAAAUGGAAGCAAGAAUACACCAAUUUCUUCUGUUUCUGUUCAUCUGCUUUUGGUUUUCAACAGCACAAAACGAUGAUGGUACAAUUCUGCGAGCUCUGAAAGAUUCAAUGGACAAUACACCACCCAAUUGGGAGGAUAAUCCCGACCCGUGUAGCGGGUGGGACGGGAUCAGGUGCAGAGACUCGCGCGUCAUCUCCAUAACAUUGGCAAGCAUGGGUUUGACUGGUACCCUCUCCGGAGACAUCGGGCAGUUAACUGAAUUGCAGAUUCUAGAUCUCUCUUACAACCAAUUGACCGGGUCUCUGACUCCACGAAUUGGAGACUUGAAGAAACUAACAAAUUUACUCUUGGUUGAUUGUGAUUUUACUGGUCCACUUCCAGAAACCCUUGGGAAUCUAGAAAAUCUCGUCUUUAUGUCUCUGAAUUUGAAUCGUUUCUCGGGAUCGAUUCCGCCUUCCAUUGGUAACAUUUCAACUCUUUACUGGUUGGAUCUAGCUGAUAACCAGCUCACCGGAAGCAUACCAGUUUCUAGUGGGACAACUCCUGGACUUGAUAUGCUGACUAAUGCUCUUCACUUCCAUUUUGGAGGGAAUAGGAUCUCGGGUGCUAUCCCAGAACAGCUCUUUCACUCAAAUAUGAAACUAAUUCAUCUUCUAUUUGAAAACAACCAGCUUACAGGCACCAUCCCCGACACGCUUGGGCUUGUGAGAACACUAGAAGUUGUACGUCUUGAUAGAAACGCUUUAACCGGGAAUGUUCCAUCAAACAUCAACAACCUUACCGGUCUAUUUGAGCUGUUCCUCUCAAACAAUCUACUGACGGGUCCUGUGCCUGAUUUGACUGGUUUGACUUCCCUCAACUAUCUGGAUUUAAGCAACAAUACUUUUGAUCAGUCGGACGUUCCUUCUUGGUUUUCAACUUUACAGUCUUUGACCACACUUAACAUGAACAGGACAAGCCUUGUAGGACGGCUGCCGCGUGACCUUUUCCGCAUCCCUAAUUUACAAAAUGUUGAUUUAAGUGACAACAGACUAAAUGGCAGCUUGGAUCUCGGCAGUAGCCAAAGCAACCAACUACAACAGGUCAAUUUGCAGAAUAAUCAAAUUGAUGUCUUCCAACAAAGCGGCCAAAACAGUAUUGUAGUAAUACUUGUAGGAAAUCCGAUAUGUAUGGAAUCAGGAAAUACAGGUGCCGAAUUUUGCUCCAUUCCGCCAAAUACUGAUACUCCUUACUCGACACAACCCAACAGCUGCACGCCUACCUCAUGUAGGUCAGGUCAAAUUUCAAGUCCAAACUGUAGAUGUGCAUAUCCCUACACCGGAAGCCUUUUCUUCCGAGCUCCUUCGUUCUCUGACCUUGGAAAUUCUGCUAUCUACGAAGCUCUCCGUAGUCAACUGAAUGAUUUUUACCGGAGCACUCAAAUGCCAGUUGACACUGUUUCGCUCCGGGAUCCUAGCAAAACAUUGGACGGUUAUCUCAGGAUCAUCGUACAGAUUUUCCCAUUUGCAGAUAAUCAGAGGUUCAAUAGAACUGGGCUACUAGACGUUGGGUUCUCGCUUAGUAACCAAACAUUCAAGCCUAACAACACCUUCGGGACCUACUUUUUCCAAGCUGCUAACUAUGACUUCACUGCUGGAGCAUCAGGGGGAAAUUCAUCCAACACUGGUGUUAUCAUAGGAUCGGUUGUUGGUGGUUGUGUGCUUGUGGCAAUAUUGGUGCUUGCAGGAAUAUACGUAUUGCGUAAAAAAGAUUCAGCUGAAAGAACGACUCACGAGAGCAGCCCUUUUGCAUUAUGGGAUGAGAACAAUGGAAGUGGUGCAGUCCCUCAGUUGAAAGGAACAAAAGCUUUCUCUUUUGAAGAGCUUAGCAAAUACACAAACAACUUUUCAGAAAUAAACAACAUAGGAACCGGUGGAUAUGGAAUGGUAUACAAAGGCAGUCUACCAAAUGGGCAGCUAGUCGCCAUAAAAAGGGCUACACGGGGAUCAACACAGGGUGGACUUGAGUUCAAAACUGAGAUUGAACUUCUUUCAAGAGUUCAUCACAAGAAUCUUGUCAGCCUUGUAGGUUUCUGUUUCGAUCAAGGUGAACAAAUGUUGGUUUAUGAGUUUAUUGUGAAUGGUACCGUCAAAGACAGCCUUUCAGGGAGAUCUGGAUUUAGACUGGAUUGGAUAAGAAGACUUCGAAUAGCACUGGGAUCUGCAAAAGGAUUACAAUACUUGCAUGAUCUUGCUGAUCCUCCAAUCAUACAUAGAGAUGUCAAAACAAACAAUAUCUUGUUAGAUGAACGCUUAGUUGCAAAAGUGGCAGAUUUCGGGCUAUCCAAGUCACUUGGUGAUGCGAAUAGGACUCAUGUUACUACUCAAGUCAAAGGGACAAUGGGUUACAUGGACCCCGAGUAUUAUAUGACAAACCAACUGACAGAAAAGAGUGAUGUUUAUAGCUUUGGGGUCGUAUUGUUGGAGCUAAUAACAGCACGAAACCCGAUUGAGAAAGGGAAGUACAUUGUGAGAGAAGUGAAAGAAGCAAUGGAUAGAAGUAAAGAGCUAUACAACCUACAAGAUGUCCUUGACCCGACCAUCGGUUUGUCCACCCAACUAAAAGGUUUGGAAAGAUUUGUAGACAUCGCGUUGCGGUGUGUGGAAGAAACAGGAGAUCGAAGACCGACGAUGAGUGAAGUUGUGAAAGAGAUUGAGAGCAUUAUGGAAGUUGCGGGUCUUAACCCGAAUGCUGAAUCGGCAUCAAAUUCAGCUUCCUAUGGUUACACGAAUAAGGGAAGUGAACAUCCUUAUACUAACGACGGUCUUUUUGCUUAUAGCGGUGACCAUUUCCCUGCAAAGUUGGAUCCCAAGUAGAAAUACUUGCACAUGCAACUAGUUCCAUGAAUUGUUGGAUUGUUAAAUGUUUUGUUAUUUUCUUUUAUUUGUGUAAAAUGAGAACUAGAAACUAUAGUGGUUUUAUGCAUUUGUUUAUACGUUGUACACAUAAUAUUGGAAGCUAUUCAAUUUUUUCAUUCGCCCAA